AUGAAAAAUCAUUAUCAUACAUUAGGAUUGUAAAGAGAUGCCGAAUAGUAACAAAUUAAAGAAGCUUAUCAUAAAUUGGCAUUAGAAUGUCAUCCAGUAUUAUAAUAUUAUUUAAACUAAGUUAGGAUAAGAAUACAAAUAAUAGAACAUAAGCUAUUGUCUAAUUUUAACAGAUUAGUGAAGCUUAUAGCACAUUAUCUAAAUAAGAUUCAAAAAAAAUAUAUGAUUAUAAUCUUGAUAGAAGAGAAAUUAUAAGAAAUUUAAAUAAAAGAUAAUAAGAGUAAGAUUAGAAAUUAUAUAAUGAAUUAUCAAAAGAAUUUCAUUUAUCUGAUACUUAUUUAACCAAAGAUGAAUAAGAUACUAUAAACAAGUUUAUGACUAGAAUGGAUAAGUAAAGUAAACGGAUCAAAAAAAAAUAAUGA